CAAAAGUGCCACGCCCACAACGAAGCAGCCGGUCUCAAUACUCUCAAUAACAAUGGCCGUGAAUAGAAAUGUGGUUGACAGGGCUCUUGCGGUCCUUCGUGCCCUGCCAAGGGUGUCCCUGUAUAAUAUAAGAGAUCACGAUCAUCGGAAAAAGAAAAGUGCCCGUGGACAACAUGGUGGAGGAACACAUGGUCACGGCAAGAAAUUUAGACAAAAUUAUUUGCCGCUGGGGUUUGAAAGUGGCAACACACCGUUUCAUUUGAGAUUUGGCAUGGAGAAAUAUUACAAGAGAUACCGCUUGGAAAGAGAGUAUCCACCUGUGAGUCUCUUGAUGCUGCAGAAGAUGAUCGACACAAAUCGACUGGACACAACGCAGCCGAUUGAUCUUUCUUCCAUUUGUAAUACUGGAGUCUAUUCUAUGAACAUUAAUUUCAACCAUCAUGGUGUCAAUUUGACUGAUGAAGAGGGGUUUGACCAAUUUUGUGCUAAAAUCAACAUUGAGGUGCAGUGGGCAUCAGAAGGUGCGAUCGCUGCUAUUGAGAGGAAUGGUGGGGUCAUAACAACUUCGUAUUACGAUCCGUUGUGCCUCCAUGCAGUGACUGAUCCUGCAAGGUUCUUUCUGAGAGGUGAUCCGAUUCCAAAGAGGAUGAUUCCCCCUGAAGACGCGAUCGAAUACUACAGUUCAGCUGACAACCGGGGUUACCUUGCUGACCCUGAGAAAGUUUCACUGGCCCGACUCGCGCUAGCUCAAAAGUAUGGUUACGAGCUGCCCAAAAUUGAGGAUGAUCCUGAUUAUACUAUGCUCACAAUGAGAAAAGAUCCCAGACAGAUUUUCUAUGGACUUGAGCCUGGCUGGGUCGUUAGCUUGAAAGAUAAAGCAAUUUUGAAGCCAAAGGACAAAGAAUUGCUGGAAUAUUACAGAACAUAGGAAUGGUUAACAAUGUUAGUUGCAGAAGAAUAAAAACUAUUUGGCAUUUA